AUGGCCAAGAGAUCCUGCGAUUUCUGUGUUCAACGCAAAACUCGGUGCGACAAUGGCCGGCCAUGCCGCAAGUGCCUUGACGCACAGCCUCCACUCGAAUGCACCUAUUUGAAGCCGGUGCUUAAACGCGGCCCAAAGACUUCCAAACUCACCCAGCGGUGCAAUUGGAAAUGGAGAAUUGACCCUCAGAUUACAUCUCCAGCCUCUCCCAGACAUGUCGAUCCAAACUCGAAGGGAUUCGCCGCCAAUGCUCCGGCCUACGACAAGGCAGAAAGGCUGCCUCUGUCUAUACUCAGACCAGUGAUUGAGGCCUACAGUUCCCGCAUGUAUCCCGUCUGGCCAGUGCUCCAUGUGCCAGAUCUUAUCGACAGGCUUGAGAAGCUGGAAACGAGUGAUCCGUCAUACGCUGAUGUUUAUCCCAUGACCCUGGCACUAUGUUCAGCGACAAUGGCGCAAUUAAACUUGAGUGCAAUGAAAGAUAUUCCACCUCAUGUUACUAGCGAGUAUAUGGAGAAGGAGUGUAACCGACAUCGCAGCCUAACAAAUUAUCGAGAGCAUCCUUCCGUUGAGGGCGCCCUCACGUCCUUCUUUCUUCAUGUCUACCAUGCCAAGGCUGACAACAGAAAUGCAUCCAUGGUCUAUCUACAAGAAGGUAUCUCAAUUGCUCGACUCCUCCGUCUAGACCGGAUAGAGUUCGAGUCUUGCCGACUCUCAAAUGACCUCGAUGAUGGUCAAAAUCCAGUCACUGCUCACAAACGCCUGGUUUAUAUCCUUUUGUGGGUUAGCGAAAGGGGCUACGCCAUUCAACAUGAUCUCCCCAUCUCCAUACUUGAUACAGUUCGGAUUCCGACGGACAACAUAGAUGAUUUUGACAAGUAUGGAAAGGGACUAAUCGAACUUGCCACGCUGUUCGCGGCGUUUGACGCCUUCUUUUAUCGUACAGCCCGGUACAUAUACGAAACCUUUCAAGGCAAUUCUGACCAACAUCGUCUAAUAGCUGUCCAGCGAUCCCUGGAAAGCAUCGCCCCAAAAUCUUCUGAAUAUGACUUGGUACAACGGGCGGAUUAUAAUAUUACCAGACAUUGGAUGCGAAUUCUGAUUUGGCAACAAGCCAUGUCUCAAAGUCUGCUGUCGUCCUCUGCAGAUGACGAUUCAAUGACCUUUCUCUUUCCGUCUCAAAUUGCACAAGAUUUUCUUUCCUCCAUUACAGUCAACUCUAAAGAACACUUAAUUUCAUUGGGAAGAGAUCAGCUUAUUAAAUCUUUUGAAAUCACAAAUACGCUAGCAGAUGUGAUAUUAUGCACUACCAAUACCUACAAUACUCCUCUCGUACAAGACUCCUACAACUCUCGCCGCAAAUCGUAUUUUGGUGCACAACGAGAAUGUUGGAAGUACGGACCAGCAGAUUUUCUACACGCAAUGUAUCAGACAAUUUCCCCGUUCCUAACCUACGACAAACGGCUGAACGAUAUGAUACGACUCAAAGCAGCAGAUGCGUUGUUGCGGUCACCGAGUAGGAUAAUCCCGAGAGGCGUUGGCGAGGGAUCACCUGCGGCCGAGAAAGAGCAGGAACAUGAGAAUGGUAGAAUUUUGGAGCAAAUUCUCGGGUUAGCGACUGAGGCAGAUUCUUGGAACAUGAAUACUGGCCUCGACGGCUUGGACUUGAGCCUGGAUGUUGAUGAGUUGGGUCAAGUCAAGAUUCCGUUCAGCAGCGAUACCAUGUAG